CAUGCUGUAGAAGCAUAAAAGAUAGACGCGGCUUGGUUUAUGGUUAAUAAUGGGACGUUUGUUCAGUGUGGUGUUUGCACAGUCGUUUUCGAACUCGGGCAAGCCUAGUCCGCCGUUUUCCUGCAUAUCGAAGACGAAGGCUGCAUUUGUUGAGUGGCCACAUCAACUGUCUACAGUCAGAUUCUCAAUCUCAGAACAGAGUAUUUUCAGAAAUCGCAUCGUACCCCGGUACUCGUAGCUGUUCGCUCACUGCCUGGUUCUUGGAUUAGUGGACGUGCAGCUCUCCGCUCCGGACUCCGACAGACCUGGCUGGGCCGGGCUUAUUCCGACGCUUCAGCGCACUGCUGCCGCUGGCCUGGAUGAAAUGGAAGCUGAAUCUGAUCAGCGUGAGCCAGAAUAACCCGUCUUCUUCAAAGUCCAACUUCAUCUGACUCUGUAUGGUAUUCCUGUAAAUGUGAUCUUCAUCACAGUCACAACACAAGUAAAGUCUGAACAAAGUUAAACUGUGUUUCACUGUUUUUCUUGAGUCGACCCUUUUUAGGAGAGAGGGAACAAAACAAAUUCUGAGUCCUCCGCCAGUGCCCAGGCCCCAGUCUCACUAACGUUUUAAGUAGGCUAAGUUAACUUUUAGUUAAAGUUUAACGUUAGAUCUUCAGAUGCAGAUCUAGACUAAUUGAACUUUGACUCGUCUUACUGUCAGUGUCACAGUCUAGCGACUCUAGCUAGGCUAAGGCUGCGCCAGCUUUUUUAGUUCAACAUCAAAUCUCGGGCAAAUCUCAGCCAUUCUGUGACUGUUGAACUGUUUUAAAAUUUACAUCAACCUUUUUAAGGUCACACUUUGAACUGCUGAGGAGAAGCCACAUGCGCCUCUGGUAAUUUUGAUUUUCGACGUAUUUGUUGCACUUUUCUUUAUUUGCGCUGUCAGCAGAUUAGUAAGUCAUGGCUGCUGCAGCUGGUGCUGGAGCGACUUCUGGAAAUCAAUCAUUGGAGAGGAAAGAUUCAAAGAGCAUUCUACCUGAUGGUGUGUCAGUGUGGUUAACCAGCUAAUAGAUUUGGAUGCACCCCAUCAUGAUGUUAGAUGAUCCCUGAGCUCCUGGACAAUGAGACAGUCUUCUGUGCUUCUGUGGUAGUUUAGAUGCUUAAUACUCAAGGACACCAUCCUUGAAACGGUCGAGAUGUAUUCCGGCAGGGCCAGCGUGGCCUUCCGCAAGUUGGUGCCAGCGAACAUCGCAGAGUGGGCGGAGCUACCUCACCAAGCGUCUCUUCUCUGUGAGGCAUUGGAUCAGAAGAUGAGUACAAACGUUCUUGAAGAAGCCAGAGGAAAGCAGAUGCUCACAAUGGAACCAAAGCAAUCUGUAGAUCUGAGCUAUGAUUGGACUUCAUUCAUUGGUUCGUCUACUCCGGCCCUCAAGGCACCUGUUCCUGUUGCCCCUGCCUCACCCACAUCCUCUAUCUUUGUACUCCUAGAGGCAUCCCCUCCUAAGAGAGAUCGAUACGGACGACUAGCCCUUCGCAAGGUAAGUGGACCUAAGCUUAUACCGACCCCAGCCCUCAAGGCACCUUUACCUGUUGCCCCUGCCUCGCCCAUCUCAUCUAUCUUUGUACUCCUAGAGGCAUCCCCUCCUAAGAGAGAUCGAUACGGACGACUAGCCCUUCGCAAGGUGCCACCAGACAGGGUGGUGAAAUUCUCAGAGUUGACCACUCCGCUAGCAUGGAGAUCAGGGGAGCCGUUUGGGAUCCUAGUACAAGCCAGUAAGGAGAACUUCUCCAGGAUUGGUACCGCCUACCUGGAGGGCUACCUGGAGCUUGAUGAUGGUCUCCUGGUAAAUCAACUCCUUACUGUUGAGGUGAAGGGACAGCCUUUCAACCUGGUAGACAGCAGACUAAAGAUGGGUGAGAGCCCAUCAGGUACCAUGACCCCACCGAUUCCUGCAUCGCCUCACAAAGGUGGCAAACCACAGCUCUUCAGGCAGCCGCAGCAUCAAUCGCUUCGGCGGAAGCAUUCUUCAGAGUUCCUACGCAAGAUGGAGGAGCAGAAGUUAAAGUCUUCUGGUUCCUGGUCAAGCACAGCUGAUGGUAGUGAGGACAGUCCUAAUGUCAGUGAAAGCCCAGCGACAGAUGGUGUGUUCUUCCAGGUUGGUGAUGACAGUGGCAACCUGUCCAACGGAAUCGGGAAGUUGUCAAGGUCUGGGAAGCACAGAGAUGACAGACAUCAUGCAAGGAGUAUGAUGAAUGAUAGCAAACCUCCAAACAUUCUUGUAUACACAGGAUCGGAGACUGAGGAUGAGGUGUUUGCUGCAGUGCAAGCAGCCCUACAACAUUGCCUUGAACAUGACAAAUAUGUCAUUUAUCUCCUGAAACCAAGCACGUUAUCGCAGCCAUGGUCGGACAAUUGCGCCUUGAUGGUCCUCGCAGGGGAGGGUAACCUUCCUGACGAAGCCACUUCCAGGUUUGUCUCCCACUUUAACAAUGGGGGACGCAUUCUGAAUUUUGGACUCCCGUUGUCCCUCGGGGAUGUGAGCUUCCAGGUUGGUGCCCCUACAGAGAAGGAAGUGGAAGCAACCUAUCAGGGUAUUGUAAAGUCUCAGCCAUACAGAGUGCAGGGUUUGAGUGGGCCUGGGAGGCUCCAUGUGAAUGACGGGGAGGGUGAUAAGAACACUGAGGUUAGCAUCUUGGCUCAGGACAGGAUACUACCUAUGGUUGUGAAGGCAUCGGAGAAGUCAAAAGGAGGAAUGGCAAUAUUCUCACAAAUAUGCUUUCCAGAAGGUCACCUUGAGGGUACUCAAGAGGACAUGGCUAUAGACAUGUUGGUUAGAUUGGGUCUGGCUUGUAUCAGCUCUAAGACUACCAGUCAACACAUCAUCCAGCUCACACCAGCAUAUCUGCUAGGUAUCAAUCAGGCAAAUGAACGUUUCCUCAAAUCAAUAACAAGCCAGAAAGAUGCAUCCCCCAUCCUACGAGGCACGCCCGUCUCUCUUCAUUUUAUCUACGAUCCAUCUGGUAUCAAACACGUCAGCCCGUCCCUCCUACCAGUCGUCAUAGGGCGCAAGAGCUUACCCAUGGGGUCGCUCUUCAACUUUGAUGUCUAUCGUAACAAUCUCCAGACGAGGAUUCUGGGUAAUGUGGUCCUGUAUGCAGAGGUGUUGCCAACGACGAUGGAUGUGUUUGAUGGAUUCAUGUUCAAAGUUCCAGACAACAUUGGAUGUGUAUGCAUAGCAACGAGAAUGACUGGUGGGAAAGGGCGUGGUGGUAACCGGUGGUUAGCUCCCAUAGGCUGUGCUAUGUUCUCUCUUCACGUUCGCAUCCCGUUGAAGACACACCUGGCAGAUAAACUUCCAUUCCUUCAGCACAUCGCAUCGGCAGCAGUAGUAGAAGCCGUCAGGUCACUCAAAGGUUAUGAGGAUUUUGACCUGCGUCUGAAGUGGCCAAAUGAUAUUUACUACGGUAACAAACAGAAGCUGGGAGGGGUCAUUGUGAACUCAUCCUGCCUUGAUGGUGUCUUCCAUGCAAUAAUAGGUAUUGGUGUGAACGUCUCCAACAGUGUCCCGACCACAUGCAUCAAUGACCUCAUCCACAAACACAAUGAAGAGAAGCGUACCAGUCUUAAUCCUGUCACGAUGGAGAUGGUCAUAGCUCGUAGUAUUACUGAGAUGGAGAAGAUGAUCAAUGCUUUCCAAGAGAAGGGAGUGGAGUCUUUCCUACCAGUCUACUAUAGGAGGUGGCUACACAGUGAUGCCAAGAUCAGGCUUGAGAGUGCCAACGGGGACGAGGUAACGAUAACGGGACUGGACAACUCUGGUUUCCUACAGGUCAAGAAGACGGAUGGCUCUAUCCUCAGUGUCCAACCAGAUGGGAAUACGUUUGAUAUGCUUAAGAACCUUAUCAGUAUGAAGUCAUCCAAGCAUUGAACUUGGCUGUGGACCCUGUUUCAAAGUACCUGUCGUCAAUGAUAAAGGCUAUGGCAAAGUUGCUCUUGACCAAACAACGGCCUUUCAGUAGCUUGUAACCCGUCAUGGAGAAGAAGCUUGAUGAAACAGACUUGGGCAUGUACUUCAUACACGUUGAUAAUGUCCGAGAUGUAAGUUUAGGCUAUAAAUUGGUUUAAACCUUAGUCUAAGACUUACUUCUUUAGUCUAGACGUAUUGUCAGUGAAAAUGUCUUGAUCUAAGACUUCUGCCAAUGAUGUGACUUCAGGCCAAGUGGUAUUGUCACUGAGGUGUUAAAAUUUUGUAUUUCAAAAUCAGCUUUUGAGGUCAGCUCAGAAAAGCUCACUUUUAUGGAGGAGUCUUCUUUUUGUGGGCCCUGUCCCUUAGGCACUGUGCAGCCUCCAUCAAUUACAU